AUGUGGUUAUCCCUCACCCUUAAGGGAACAAAGGUUGUGAUCGUGGCUCCACCCUUGCUACUACUUGAAUGUCAACAAGCAGCAGGUUCCUCCUGUCACUAACUCAGAGCCUCGAUAAAAACAUUUUUCCCUCCAUGAAAGGAGUAGCCUGGGAGCUCCCGUUCUCUCCCUCUCUGUCCCUCUCUAAACCAAAGUUCAGGUCAGACCGUGCUAUCUCAAGUGAAAUGUAAAACAGGAGGCUGGCAGCAGUUGAAGCGUGAACCGAAAGCGGGCGCCGUGAUAACACCCGGCCGGUGGGAAUCCAUCAGCCACUUGGCCGCUGUGAGGUUGACGCUUCAAGUUUCCACGGGGCGCAGAGACGAGCCGAGCGUCUCACUUUCACUCCAUGGCUCAGCGCUCCGCUCAUCCCGGCGUCCCCAUCGCGCUGCUGCUGCUCGGACUUGUUGCAAUCCUGCUCCUCACCAUCCGCACCGAAGACGUCCGGGAGGCGCCGGGGUUCAGGUAUGGGAUUGUCCUGGACGCUGGAUCUUCACACACAGCUUUGUAUAUAUACAAGUGGCCAGCAGACAAGCAAAAUGGCACAGGUGUGGUCACCCAGCACAGUGAAUGCCACGUUAAAGGCGGAGGGAUCUCUAGCUACGUGGACCAACAGGGAGCAGCGGGGCAGAGUUUGGAGGCUUGUCUGGACCAGGCCGUGAAGGACAUCCCCAAAGACAGGCACCAGCUCACACCUGUGUACCUGGGAGCCACAGCUGGCAUGAGGCUUCUGCAUAUUUCCAGCCAGGAGCAGUCAAAUCAGAUUCUGGAGGAAGUGGGCCAUAAAAUCCAGUCCUACCCUUUCGACUACCGCGGAGCAGCCAUACUGAGCGGUCAAGAGGAGGGAGCGUACGGUUGGGUCACUGUCAACUAUCUCCUGGAGAACUUCAUUAAGUAUGGUUUUGUGGGACGAUGGUUACGCCCUGGUAGGCCGACAGUGGGAGCCCUUGAUUUUGGUGGGGCGUCCACGCAGAUAACAUUUGUCACUCAGGAGAAAGUGGAGGACAAACGAAACCUGAUGAAGCUGCGUCUCUAUGGCCAGGAGUAUUCUCUGUACACACACAGCUUUCUGUGCUACGGCCGGGACCAGUUCCUCAAGAGACUGCUGGCUCAUAUCGUGAAGACUCAGGGCUACUCGGGUUCAGUCUCGCACCCCUGCUAUCCUGCAGACUACAAUAGGACUUUAAAGCUGAACAGCAUAUUCAACUCGCCAUGUACAUCAAAGAACAAACCCGACUCCUACAACCCUCAGGCUUCUUUGACAGUUCAAGGCACCGGACAUUAUGAGCACUGUGUGGGUAACGUGUCCAAGAUCUUCUCUUUCGACAGCUGUCCCUUCUCGAAGUGCUCCUUUGACAGCGUCUACCAACCAAAUGUCACCGGUAGCUACAUGGCCUUCUCUGCAUUCUUCUACAUUCACUCCUUCCUGCAGCAGAUCACUGGGAUCUCUGUGAGCUCCCCGUCGCAGUUGGAGUCGGCGGCCAUAACGGUGUGCGGCAAGAGCUUCGAUGAGAUGAAGCUUCUCGCUCCAGAGCAAGUGUCUCGUUUGCAGGACUACUGCGCCUCUUCUGUGUUUGUCAAGAUCCUCAUGUUGAGAGGGUACGGGUUUGAUGACACAACUUUCCCUCAAGUGUCUUUCCAGAAGAAGGCUGGGGACACGUCAGUGGGUUGGGCUCUGGGCUACAUGCUGAGUUUGAGCAACUUGCUGCCUGCAGAGGACGUGUCGCUCAGGAAGGCCCUGACCACGGGGGCCUGGGGGACACUCAUCUUUCUCUUUGUCCUGCUCCUCGCUUGCGUCCUGAUCUUCAUCUUACUUCGAGCUCGUCAUAGGAAGAGGAAAGAAGGCGGUGAAAGCCCCAUCUAGAUGCAGCAACAAUGCACAGCGCAGGGAGGAAUCAGCCUCACACUGAGGAUGUUUUUCAUAUAUAUAUUUCCUCAGUGUUAGGGCAAUGCAGCAGACCAGCCAUCCUUAACAUAGAAACUGCACUAUAUGUCCACUGACUGCAAAGAGUUUACACGUGUACAAAAAUGGCUGUACCUCUUCCACCUUUCAAUCAAUACAUAAAAUGACAUAAAAUUAAAAUGGAUAAUUUAAACAUGGUUUUCUUUUUUUAAAAUGUUGAAUCCAAAGUGCUGGCCAACAGAGCCAACAAUAUAAACAAUGUGAUUAUGACGAAUGCUGUCCAGAUGUAGAACUGGCAGUGCAGGGAAAGUCUGAAUGUAAGUUUUCUUUUCUUAGAAAUUCAAACCAAGUUUUGGAAGAACAGAAUGUAAAAUGGGGGCAGCACAGUGUUGUGGUGGUUAGCACUGAUGUCUUACAGCAAGAAGAUUCCAGGGCCCGAGUCCAGACUGACUGGGGCCUUGUUCUCCCUGUGUCUGUGUGGGUUCUCUCCCCGUACUCCAGUUUCCUCCCACCGUCCAAAGGUUGUUAGGUUCACUGGUGAUUCUAAAUUGUCCAGAGAUGUGAGUGUGAAUGGUUGUCUCUCUCUGUCCUGUGAUAGACUGUAAACCUGUCUACCAGGGCGUAACCAGCCUUUUUACAUGUAAAGAAUUAAUGUUUUUAUUUGUAUUUGUAUUUUAGUGUGGACUGACUAACUUUAACAGAUAGAGAUGUACAGAUGUGAUUUUUUUUGUGUGUUUUUUUUUGUGUUUUUUUUUUUUUUUUUUUGUUAAUAUUUGUGUCUGGUCUCUGGGUAUAUUGAAGUAGCUUGGAUUACACUUUUCAAAAGUGCCACACAACUGUUCUUAGGAGCAACAACAAUAACAAAAAAAAUAAAUAAAUAAAAAUACACAAUGAUUACUUAAA